AUGGAAUGGACCAAGCUCUCUGAAGUUUGCCCCACCUGGCGCACCGUCGCAGUACAAUCUCCCAUUUCGUGGACGAGUAUCAGUGUCGCACAAGAAGGUCUCCGGUUCCACAGGUUGUGCUUGGAGCUCUCCGGGAAAAUGCCGCUCGAUAUCUUCGCCGGGGAUUUCGACUUCUCUGAUGUAUAUGGGGAAUCCCACUCGGACACAGCUUUGGAGUCCGGUAAUUGUAUUGUGGAUGUAGCGAUGGUCGUCGAUAUCAUUUCGAAGUACUCCCACCGCAUCCGUAUUGUGAGGCUUCCCAUACCCGAAUCCGAAUCCGACCUCGAGAUGCUUGUGGCAUCACUGAAUACCACUAUGCCCUUACUUUCAGUUCGUGCCUUGGGCAGUGGGGAGACCUAUAUCCAUGCUUCAGAGCCUGAGGCAUCCUUCACCCCUGCUCCACUUGUGCACCAAUAUCCUUCUCUUCACUCCUUGACACUGGAACGCAUUGGGAUUCCAUGGGAUUCACCGAUCCUUACUUCAUUGGUUGGCUUAGAGCUAAAUCUAAUCCAGCGGCCAUCAUCUAUGGAGGUGUUUCUCGAAAUUCUCGACGCCUGUCCGCGCUUGCAGAGACUAGUAGCCUUUGCUCCCGGUUUACACCCAAAGUCAAGGAAAACAAAUCUCCUGGAUGAUUUUGAAGAUGACUGUGGCUCCAACACGAACAACGACGAGCCCCAGUAUCCUCCACCCACUCGCACUGUUGCGCUCCAGCACAUGCGCGACUUCCGGAUGGAGGCCACGCGUCAACUUCGAUGUCCUUUAGAGGAUGGCAUUGAGUACGAUGUUAUUCCCAACAUUGCUCAUGCUAUCCCAAAGGACAAGACAUUGUUGCCCCUUUUCUCGGAAACUCGAUCCGUCCGUAUCUAUGUCACCGACGUCUAUCUCGAAGUCCGCGGCUAUACCGUUGAUUGUUCUGUCAGCGACAAUAUCACCGCGUCGUUGAUUUUGCACUUCUCGGAUUACAUAGCGGACCGAAGUACGGCCUAUCUCCUUCCUGUCGUCACAGUCCAGGUCGCGCAGCUCUUCUCUUCGUCGCUAAUAGUCCAUUGGGAAAUGCUCGGGGAUUGGGAGAAGAUAUUUUCUUUUCUUCCGCUGCUGGAGCAUCUCAAAUUAAAUAUCGCGAAUGGCGUCAACUGUGAAAUCAAACCGCUGUUCAAAAUUUUGCUCCCGUCUUUCACAGAUGAAAAGCUCUUCUGCCCGCGCCUGAAGACGCUAUUCGUUGAGAUCAGAGGCAAUUUCUAUCCGAAAACAGCAAAGUUUACUCCUAUUGUGGACGGGCUUGCCUUCCGUUCAUCUCUAGGGACCCCUCUACACUCGUUAUCGCUUCCGUCCUAUUGCCCGACUUCGAAGAAACUUGUCGGGAGGCUCAAGUCGUUGGUUGGCACUGCCUUGGAGCUCUCUCAAUCGCGCAUCAAUAGAAACUGA